AUGCCAGGUAAACUGAAUGCUUUGAAGAUUGAUGCUCCCUCGCUGUUCUCGUUGUUUUCCUCCUCCAAAAGAUAUAAAAACUUGGACAUUUACGGAUUUGACGAUCAAGUGUUGGUCUCAAGACAAAUAGCUACAGAAAAUAAGGAUGCUGUCUUUAGCUCCUUUUUUGAUUUAUCAGCAAUAAGAAAGUUUUCUUCGUCUUAUGGUCUUGAUUUUGCACAUUAUAUGGUGCUUUUGCCAGGCUCAAAAACUAUUCGUCUAAUUGGAAAUUUAAUCAAGCAUACACCAUCAUUUACAUGUGAGCCUAUUGAUUCAACAAAAAAAGCACACAUCUAA